GAUGUAUCGCACAUUAACGAAUGUAGUUCACUUAUGUAAAGUGUAACCUUGGUUACGCAUUGGAGGACCAUCAUGGUGGCUAAGCGGCAUGCGCCGUUCCGACCCAAGUACGGCGUGGAGCUGGGCUUGCGUGUUCGGGAUCGGGACCCGGACACGAACGAGGUGUUGGCAGCUACGUGUCUGUUCUGCCAACUAUUUGGACGCGAGAAUAAGCCAGGAGCCCAACGUCGCGCCACGGAGAAAGUUGCGGUGUUCAAGCCUCCGUUCCGCAAAGACUCGAUCCAGAUCCACCACGUCGGGCAGCACCCCACCAAAUGGGCCGAAUACUGCGCAUUAUCCAGCGAUGACAGCAAACGCGCCUUCUUCAUCGCCGCAGGGGCGUCCAUGGAGCUCACUCAAGCCACCGAGACCACACAGGACAGUGCGAGACCCCGCAAGACGCAGCGGACGUCAACUCCCAUCUUGAUAACCCCAACUUCAACUUCGACACUAACCGUUCAACCACCGAGAACUGCUUUACCGCAGAAUACCGGUCAAACAUUGCAUUGGCUCGUAAACCGAGACAUUGUCACGGUACUGGUUGGUAUCAUGCUUCCCUAUGCAGCGUCGCCAGUUCCUGCGGGUCAAACGUAUCAGUUGCAUGCAGUGGCAGACUUUGAGGACAUGGUAAACGCAACAGAAGGUGUGGCCGUGGAUAUGUUGGUAGCGAGAUAUCGAAUUGUGAUCAAGGACCCGAUUCAGUUCCAGCAAUUUGUGGACUAUUUGAGUACCAGUGGGUCACUGAACAAUACAGCCAGGAUGCUACACGCUAGCUCCCAGCCAGCACCCAUGGGUCCAUUCUUUGAUGAUGAUAGACAGCUAUCGCCGAUCAAUGUGGCGCAGUAUGCGAGGUUCCUGUGUGCGAUUAAUUUGCAGAGGAUUUCAGACAUCGCCAAGAGCUCAGGGAUAUUCUCGAUCGGUCUCAAGGUCGCACCAAUUGCCCCUGCAUCGUUUUUUGAAGCGCAAGUAGAAUACUGUUUACAUUUGCAGCUCAGAGUGUUUGUAGAUGGAGAAGUCACGAGUUUCCAUGUGCUCUCGAUUCCGUUGAACAAACGCCGUCGUUCAGACGCUGAUGGGUCCAGUGGAGUCUUCGAGAUUGCUGAAACAGCGCUAAAUGUAAUUGUGCCGCGAUGGAAGGACACUAUUCUUGCAGUGAUUUGUGAUAGCGAGGGUAUCACUUCUCAAGAAUCGGACGACCCACGACUGUUGCUCCGUAAUGCAGUGGCUAGUCGCUUUGAGAGUGUUGCAAAGCCUGGCUUUUUGAAAGUAUGCUGUGCUGCUCGUCAGCUGGACUCGCUUAUGGAGAAGUUCUUUACUAAAAUUUUGGGUAGUGACGAGGUUUAUUCGAAACUCACGGCUUUGGUCGCAUACGUUAGUCGUCAACGCGUACUGCUUAACACGAUGAAGACAAACGCUCCAAGUCUCAACGACAGUAGAUGGAGAUCGAUUGCUACGGUUACCAUGUGGUUCCGACGCUAUGGUGCGAGUAUACGACAGCAUUUUGAGCAAGUACAGUCGAGUUCUGCGCCCCCAGCUUCGUGGUGGAUUCGCGUGUUGUUAGCUGCUCGGAUUGGCCAGGAAGUUUUGCCAGUUCUAGAAGAAAUGUCGGGAUUCACUACAGAGACGUCUCGACCGCGAAAUGCUGUAGACAAGCUACAAACGUUCUUGAUCAACUGGUUCAACAUUUCCGGCCCGCUGGAGCUUGACGACCCGGCGGUAGCAGCAGCCACCGCUCAGUCCAGAACCGACAAUUCGGUCGUAUCCAAGGAUGGCAAGUACUCGAUCAACACCAACGAUGUUUCUACGGCACUAGAAGAUCUGGGAACGUUCAUCGCUGAUACGCUACAGGCUGCUGAAAACGAUGAUGAGACCUUGAAUGUAGUGAUCAAGACCACGGUCAAUGAGGUUGCUACCGGUGUGGUCAAUGUCGUAGCCGGUCUCAAUUCAGUCACGCUCGAUAUUGACGGAGUAGGCGCGGUUCUAUCGGAUCUACCGGCUGUUCUACCGCAACACCUCGUAAAGAUGCGUGGACGUCAAUUCACGGCGAGUCUCCGUCCUCAGAUGGAACGGCUUCGACUUGCGGGCUGGUCACGACAAGAAAUCGACUGGAUCGAGCAGGACUUCCAGGAUCUGUGUGGUGCUUAUUUUCGUGAACCGCCAUUGAAAUCGGCGCUGGAUUCGCAUAUCAAAACAAGCGCCUUCCAAGCUUCAUGGAGUUGUCUUCAAGGGCGAUUUAUACGCCUGCAACGUUUUUGCGGUCUCAUGGCGACUGCGUUUUCUAUGGCUGAUACCACCAGCGACUCUACGAGUGCAAAGAGCUUCUCGGUAAUGGGCUGCAAUGCUUUGGCUCCAAUGUCACAGAUCAUCAGUCUACCCGGAGACUUGGAAGCUGGUGUGUCUGAUCUGUCGGUGCAAGCUGCGCUGCAGGCUAAACAGUUUCGACGGCUCCAAACAGUAAAACCUUUAGACAUCGGUUCAACAUAAAUACAUGGCCAGUUUGAGUUAACCAACGAGAAUGGAGAAAAUAGUUAUUGAAAUAAAAUUGAAGAGCCACUCUGCCAGCUA